GCUCCUCCCGCCGCCCCCCGCCCCAUGACGCGCGCGCCGGGCCGACCGUUGGCGGAGCGCGCGGGACGCGGCGGGGCACCGGGUGCCUCUGGGGCAGCGGCGCCGCUCUCCGGGAGGACGAGGACGAGGAGCGGGGCCCCGCGCGGCGGGAAGGGCUGGUAUGGCGGCGGGCGGAGCGGCGAGGAGGAUGUGACUCCGCGGGAAGAUGAAACCGAGCGCUGCGGAGGCCGCCGGCAAAGGAGCGCGUCCGCCAGAUGGAAUGCAAGCAAAAAGUGAAAAGAUAAGAUCUUCUCUGAAGAAUGUGAAAAAAGAUACAGGGAAGCCAGAGAAACUUAAAUAUAAGCCACUCACUGGGAAAGUGUUUUACCUCGAUAUUCCAUCAAAUGUAAUCUCUGAAAAAAUAGGAAAAGACCUCAAAGAGCUAGGAGGGAGAGUGGAGAGUUUUCUUAGUAAAGAUAUCAGCUAUCUGGUGUCUAAUAAAAAGGAGGCAAAAUUUGCACCGACUCUUGGUCAGAUUUCUCCAGUUCCUAGCCCAGAAUCUGCAGGUAAUGGAGGAAAUAGUUCACCUCAUCCUAGCAACCGAAAAGAUCGACAUGACGGAAGUUCAUUCAAGAUAGUAGAUACAGUACGUAUGAGCAGAGGAAAAUCCUUAGUUGAAAAGGCAAUCAAAGAACAGGACUUAAUCCCUUCUGGUAGUAUACUAUCCAAUGCUUUGAGCUGGGGAGUGAAGAUACUUCAUAUUGAUGAUGUUAAGAAUUACAUUGAACAAAAGAAAAAGGAGCUCUACCUAAUCAAAAGAGCAGGCAGUUCUUUAAAAGAUGUGGGAAAACAAGUUACUACUCAAAAAUCAAGAAGUAGACUGAAAAAUCCAUUUGUGAAGGUGGAAGAUAGAAGUCGCCUCUACCGGCCAUUUUAUCUGCAGUUGCCCAUUUUUCCAGUUCUGAACUACUGUGUCCCAAAACCAUAUAGUCCAUUUGAGGUGGAUAAGAAACAUCCUUCUGGUCAAAAGCAAACGCAGUCUAAGCAAAGAACCAAAAUAAAUAGUGACAAGGACUGUGGAACUCCUGUUCAGCUCCCUCAGAAGGACAAAAAAAGGAGAGGAUAUUGUGAAUGUUGUGGGAAGAAAUAUGAAGAUCUGCAAACACAUCUUGAAAGUGAACAGCACCAAAAUUUUGCACAAAGCACACAGUAUCAAGUUGUUGAUGAUAUAAUCUCAAAGUUUGUUUACGAGUUUGUCGAAUACGAAGAUGAUGAAAAAAUAAAAAGGACAAAAUGUAGUACAGGCUAUUUUUCUCCUAUUAUUGGAAAGAUAACUAGACCAGAUGAGCUGAAAGAACGGCUGAAAAAGCAACGCAUUUCCUUGAAAAGCUACUCGUGGAAGGAUACGGCAAUGCGGGCACUCAAACCAGAUCGCCAGCCUGCGGAAAUACAGCCAAAUUCUGUGCCAAUACCUGCCUCUCUUUCUGGAUCUGUUUGUUCAGUUCUUUAUUGUCACCUGGCACAACCUUCCGAACUGCAAAUUAAGUUCAGAAAUAAUGAUGAAAAUACUAAAACUGAUUGCUCCUGUGCUGCAAACUUAAGACAGACUGUUGUAUCAUCGUAUUUCAUACAACCACCCCCUCGGAAAGAUGACAAAGCAUAUACAGAGACCUUGUCUCGAGCUUAUGAGCCAUUCAGUAAAGAAAUACUGGAACCAGAAGUAAAUAAACAGAAUUCACAGUGUUUUCAGGAAGGCAGGUGUACUUUAUAUUCUCAUACUCAAGGUACAGAAUUUAGUGAAAAGGACAAAAACCUAUCACAGCCAAAACGAAAAUUAAAUAAUGCAGUAGUUCUACCAGCAAAGUGUUUGAAAAAAACAGAUGCCAAUCCUACAUUUGUCAAGAAACAUCGUGAUUUAUGUGAUAAUCAUCAACAGAUGCAGCACAAUGUAGUUCUGGAGGCCGAGGUAUCUGAUACUGCUGUAAACAAAGAACUUAAUGAAUUGGCUGCCAGCGCUGCAUCCAGUUCACCAUCUGGAAAGCUGCACAGAAAAGUAAAGCUUUACUUGGGAAGAAAUAAAAGAGAAACCCAGAAACAAAAUCUGGAGUUAUGUGUAAAGUAUACAAAUGGACUGUCUGUUCCUGAACAGAGGAGAAGCUCUUGCAGCUCCCCAGUGCAGGCCCUACUGGAGUUAUUUCAGACAAGUGAAAGAAACUCAGAAUUUGGAGGUUUUUCAGGUUACACCGAGAACAAAGGUACAACUAGCAUGAAAGAUAUAUGGGAAGGGCAGAAUGCAAAUGUUGUGUGGUCAUUAUUUUCCUCUUCAUCCUCAUCCCCGUUUGUUGGGUUUUAAUGCUGCUUUAUUUAAUAAUUUUCAAAUAAACUUGAAGAUUUUAUUCAUGGAGACUGUAAUUGCUGUAUUAUAUGUACAGGUGGUUUGGUUUUUCAAGUUUUUUAAUGCAAAAUCUUCUGUAUAUGUAAAUGUGAAAAAUAAAACUAAGGUGGGUUUUUUUUAGUUGGUUUUUGGUUUUUUUUUAGUUGGUUUUUGGUGGUUUGUUUUUCCCUUUAAAAGGUACUGUUUUAUCACAGCUAGUAAAAGGCUCUGACUCCACAUUUGGCGUUAAAUUAAUUGCAAGGCAAAACCAAUAAGCAUGAGGUAGGUGCACUUGGAUAGAAUAAUUUUGUGAAGUCAUUGAUUAUGGUACAUUCUAAAUAACCACAUUAUAGAUAACUGGAAGUUACAUUGUAAAUAAGGCAGUCCAUUACUUGCCAACUACUGAUGUUCUGUGGAGAUUUGGUUGCUUCCCUUCCUAUUCCUGCUGCUGCUUUAUUAGAGAAUGCCAAAAAAAAAAAAGUCACUUGCUUUCCUAGUAUUUCCUCUACUGAAAUUGUCUCAGGGAACCUAUGUAAUCACAAAGAAGUAGCAUUAGGAAAGCACGGAUUGUAUUUUUUGGCUACGUAUUCAGUAUUACAGCCAAUAGGAAAGCAAUUCGUGUGUGCUUUCGUUUUUCUUUAAAAAAACCCCAACACACUAACAGCAGCAGAAACACCACAAAAAACAAGCCAAUCAGUUUCUGAUUGAUUCAAGUAAUUUGUUUGAUUUUUCUUUCAGAGUAGCCAGCUGCCUGACUAGCUUACUCGGAGGCAGAGAGAAAGACACGAGUGAGAAUUGGAAAGACUUUUUUAAGACUUCAAACCUUUACCAGAGCUGAUCUCUUUCAGAAUUUCCAUAUCUGUAAAUCAGUGCAGGGCAUGAGUAUGGAAUUACAGGAGGUAAUUGCA